CCAGAGAGUGAAAAUUGAUAUUUGGUUGUUAGUAAACCCCUUUCUUCGAGGAAAAGUGCCAGGAAAUGUAACUUUACAUUUUAUAAAUCAAAUUAAAUUUAAAAUAAAUUAAACAAAAAGCUUGAUUUUGUUGAUUCUCAUCAAACGUGCCUUAUCGUCACAAGAGCGGAGGCAUUCGGAAAACUGCAAUAAGAAAAACGCCUGAAUUUAGGCACACCGUGUUUCUUGGCGUUUUUGUGUAAACGUCGCCAUCUAAAAAAAAACGCCAAACGUCCAACGCCAUCGUUGUAAAUCAAAAUACAAUACAACUAUCGAUUGUCCCCAUACCCGGUGAUCUGUGUGAGAGAGAGAGAGAGUGAGUGAUAGGUUGAAAAGAGAGUGAGACGAAUCAAAACAAACAAUUUGUCGUGUAAGUCCGUGCGUUUCCGUAUCCGUUUCUUUUGGUUUUUCUUUUAAAAUUAAUCGGAUUUUUAGGGCUUUUCGAAAAGCUCCUGACCGAAUGGCUUUAUCGGUUGUUACAAAUACCACCAAUAACAACAACAACAGUAAUAACGUUCAUCAAUAUCAACCGGGUUUUUUCGAUUUACAAUCAUUGUUUGAUCCUUACUCGUUGCAACACCAACAACAACAGCAAGAUUUGAAAUAUCUAAAUCAUCAUCAACAACAACAACAACACCAGAACAAUCACCACCAAAACCACCACCAACAUCAUCACAAUCAACAGCAUCCAGCAACUUCAAAGUCUAUUCUAACAGACUCAAUGGAGUUCCAGAGCGGUGGUAACAGCAAUAACAACAAUAAUAGUAGCAACAACAACAACAGCAAUAAUCAUAACAUAUUACAACAUACCCAGCAACAAAUAAAUCGUAAUUUAAUGAGCGGAUUUCUUCAUCAACAUUUUGGCGCUGAAUAUGAACCCGUUAUAACAUUUGUCGAUUCACCUCCAAAUUCUGAAGAAUCUUGGCCGGACGAUCAAUCGAAGGGCUCACCAGGACCGCAAAUAAUUGACGUCCAGACUAUUUACUCCAACAGUGGUUCACGUAAAAGGCGAAUGGAUUGGGAUCCAUUGGAUUUGGGACAGAGUGAAAGCAAUGCUUCUCCACCGGCUGUUGAACUGCCCACAAAAUUAGCAGGACAUUCAUCAUUGGCCGAUAGCAAGGAUAAAGGAUAUAAGAGGGAGAAAUUAAGUAAUGGUCGUGGCAAUUGGGCCGAUGAUAUUGGAUUUGAUUUAAAUGCCGAAUUUAAUAGCAAUUCAUAUUUGAACAAUGAGACUUUUAUGUCAUUCUCGUCGGGUCUGGCACCCGUUCUCAAGCAGGAACCCCAGACGGAACAAUUGAAGAUUAACAAUUCGAAGAGUUCGUUGCACAUUCCAGCUCCGAUUAACACUGUAAAUAUACAGAAGCUUGAUAAGCAGUCUCCAACGUCAAACAACAACAAUGGAUUCCUUGACACAACGGCCGCUGUAAGCCCAGCAAAUGCUGCUGCUGGCGGCGUUGCAGUCACUGCUACGCCAGAAAAAUCCAAGAUUAAUGGCAAUAUCGAUUUGAUUGAUAAGCAUUGUGGAUGUGGUUCACCCCAAGGAGGUGGCGGAAACAGUCAUCAUCACCAACAUCAUCAACAACAGCAACAGCAGCAGUCUCAAUCCCAAGUUGGGGACCAGCAGCAGCAGACAUCUGCAUCGGCCUCGGCGAUCAAGGGUAACAAUGAACAAGGUCGUCAACUUUUGACUGUCGUUGAUACCAGCAAAAUCGAACAAUCUCCCUUGGGACGUUCGUCGGGCAACUCUGGCGCUCCAGCAGGGGCAACAACAGCUGCUGCCAAUUCUGAUGAUUAUAAAUUCCAAUACAUUUUGGCUGCUGCCACUUCGAUUGCAACCAAAAACAAUGAGGACACACUCACCUAUUUGAAUCAGGGGCAAAGUUAUGAGAUCAAAUUGAAGAAGAUCGGUGAUCUAUCUAUGUAUCGGGAUAAAAUUCUCAAGAGCGUUAUCAAAAUAUGCUUCCAUGAGCGUCGUCUCCAGUACAUGGAACGCGAACAAAUGCAACAAUGGCAGGCCUCGCGUCCCGGCGAACGUAUCAUCGAAGUUGAUUUGCCACUCUCCUAUGGCCUGUGCCAUGUCUCCCAGCCAUUGAAUCCGAACUAUUUGAAUACGGUGGAGAUCUUCUGGGAUCCCAUGAAAGAGGUCGGCGUUUACAUAAAGGUCAACUGUAUCUCGACCGAGUUUACGCCAAAGAAACACGGUGGCGAAAAAGGCGUACCAUUUCGUUUGCAAAUCGAAACGUAUAUAGAAAAUAAUAAUAAUAACAACAACAACAUCACUAACAAUACAACAACUGCAGCAGCAAACACACCAAUUGCUGUAACAACAUUCCAUAAUAGCGGCAACAACAACAACAGCAUUCCUGCUUCAGGCACAAAAACACCACCCAUUGGCGGGGUUGCACCACCAUCACCAUUGGGCGCCGCUGUAGCAGCAGCUGCAGCCGCCACCGCCGCCGUUGUUGGGGCCGGCUCGGGAGCCUCGCCUCACAGCCAAACUGGAAAUUUGACACCGAAUGGUCUAUUGGCAAGUGGUUUGAAACCACCGAUGCCAAUCCAUGCCGCAGCUUGUCAAGUAAAGGUUUUCAAAUUAAAAGGUGCCGAUCGCAAACAUAAACAGGAUCGUGAAAAAAUACAAAAGCGUCCCCAGUCCGAACAGGAUAAAUUUCAACCCAGUUACGAGUGUACCAUUAUGACGGACAUACCGUUGGAUUUGAUUACAACACCCGCGACCACCACGGCCGGUUGUUUCAGUCCUGAAUACAUGAAAAUUUGGCCAAACUCGCCGGUACAUAUUCCAAAAUAUGAUGGCAUGUUGCCCUAUGCCAAUGCUUCGCCCAAUGCCAGCGCUAGUCCCAUAGCCAUUAACAGUGUCUCGUCGACCAAUUCGCCAAGUUUAAAGAUUAUGGAUACCAAUAUGGUGACAGCCCCCUCGGCGGUUAUGGGCAACGAUAUUGAUGAAUAUAAUUCCAUUACCAUAAUGCCGGACUCCACACCAGUCCAGGUUACCCAGUGGCUAACCUAUCAUCGCCUAACAGCAUAUCUAUCGACAUUUGCCCAGUUCUCGGGUGCUGAUAUUAUGAGAAUGUCCAAGGAGGAUCUAAUUCAAAUUUGCGGUCUGGCCGAUGGCAUACGCAUGUUUAAUAUUUUGAGAGCAAAGGCCAUAACACCCCGUCUGACCUUAUAUGUCAGCUUGGAUGGCAGCAAUUAUAAUGCAAUUUAUUUGAUUUCCAAUACGGCCAAGGAACUGUUGCAAAAGCUAUUCAAAUUACCUGGCUUCUAUGAGUGUGUGGCCAAAAGUUCUUCAACCUCUAUGAAUGGCAGUGGAGGUGGUGGUGGUGGCGGCGGCAUGGAUAAUUCCUCACCCUACCACAGCUGGGGCAUGCAUUCGAAAUAUUCGGGCAGCGGUUCAAGCAUUUACAAUGACGUCAAUACUAAGAGUUUAAUUUACAUUAGUGGCCCAUCCGGCAUCCAUGUGGCCAUCACCGAUGAGGUACUGGCCAAUGAAAUCAAAGAUGGUAGUCUCUAUGGUUUGGAAGUACAAAAUGGAAAAGUUGUUAUGAAAUUAGUGAACAAAAAUGAAAAUUAAGAAAAAAAAGAAAAUAACAAAAA